UUAUUUCAGGCUAAAGUAAAUGAAGCUGUAGAAUGCUUACUCUCCCUGAAAGCUCAGUAUAAAGAAAAAACUGGAAAAGAGUACAUUUCUGGUCAGCCUCCAUUAUCUCAAAGUUCAGACUUAACCAACAGCUCUGAGGCUAGUGGUCCAGAAACACCAGAAGCCAAAGUACUUUUUGACGAAGUAGCUUCUCAAGGAGAAGUAGUUCGAAAACUUAAAGCUGAAAAAGCCUCUAAGGAUCAGGUAGAUACAGCUGUACAAGAACUCCUUCAGCUGAAAGCACAGUACAAAUCUCUGACCGGAGUAGAGUAUAAGCCUGUCUCUGCCACUGGGGCUGAGGACAAAGAUAAGAAAAAGAAAGAAAAAGAAAACAAAUCUGAGAAGCAGAAUAAGCCUCAGAAGCAAAGUGAUGGCCAAAAGAAAGACUCCUUUAAAAGCCAAGGAAGUGGACUGUCAUCCAGUGGAGCAGGAGAAGGGCAAGGGCCUAAGAAACAGACCAGGUUGGGUCUUGAGGCAAAAAAAGAAGAAAACCUUGCAGAUUGGUAUUCUCAAGUCAUCACAAAGUCAGAACUGAUUGAAUACUAUGAUGUAAGUGGCUGCUAUAUUCUUCGUCCCUGGGCGUAUUCCAUUUGGGAAUCCAUCAAGGACUUUUUUGAUGCUGAGAUCAAGAAACUUGGUGUUGAAAACUGCUAUUUCCCCAUGUUUGUGUCUCAAGGUGCAUUAGAGAAAGAGAAGACUCAUAUUGCUGACUUUGCUCCUGAGGUUGCUUGGGUUACAAGAUCUGGCAAAACAGAGUUGGCAGAACCAAUUGCCGUUCGUCCCACUAGUGAAACAGUAAUGUAUCCUGCAUAUGCAAAAUGGGUGCAGUCACACAGAGAUCUGCCCAUCCGACUCAAUCAGUGGUGUAAUGUGGUGCGUUGGGAAUUCAAACAUCCUCAGCCUUUCCUACGCACUCGUGAAUUCCUUUGGCAGGAAGGGCACAGUGCAUUUGCUACCUUUGAAGAAGCAGCAGAAGAGGUCUUGCAGAUACUUGACUUAUAUGCUCAGGUAUACGAAGAACUCCUGGCAAUUCCUGUUGUAAAAGGCAGAAAGACUGAAAAGGAGAAAUUUGCAGGAGGAGAUUAUACAACUACCUUAGAGGUGUUUAUAUCCGCUAGUGGAAGAGCCAUCCAGGGAGCAACAUCACAUCAUUUAGGGCAGAAUUUUUCCAAAAUGUUUGAAAUUAUUUUUGAAGAUCCCAAGACACCAGGAGAGAAGCAAUUUGCCUAUCAAAACUCCUGGGGUCUGACAACUCGAACUAUUGGUGUUAUGACCAUGGUUCAUGGAGACAACAUGGGCUUAGUAUUACCACCCCGUGUAGCUUCUGUUCAGGUGAUGGUUAUUCCUUGUGGCAUUACCAAUGCGCUUUCUGAAGAAGACAGAGAGGCUCUGAUUGCAAAAUGCAAUGAUUAUCGAAGGCGGUUACUCAGUGUUAAUAUUCGAGUUAGAGUUGAUUUGAGAGAGAACUAUUCUCCAGGUUGGAAAUUCAAUCACUGGGAGCUCAAGGGAGUUCCCAUCAGACUUGAAGUUGGGCCACGUGAUAUGAAGAGCUGCCAGUUUGUAGCUGUCAGACGAGAUACUGGAGAAAAGCUGACAGUUGCUGAUAAUGAGGCUGAGACUAAACUUCAUGCUCUUUUGGAAGACAUCCAUGUGAACCUUUUUACAAGGGCUUCUGAAGACCUUAAGACUCAUAUGGUUGUGGCUAAUACAAUGGAAGACUUUCAGAAGAUGCUAGAUUCUGGGAAGGUAAGAGACUUCUGAAAAGUUUUGAAUAUA